GCUGAACAUUUGAAGAUACCAAUCCCUUCUUGCACUUGCUCUCAUCCAGCGGCUGAGGCGGACCUGCCCAUGCUGUCACCUGGCCACUGUCUGCACGCCUCUGCUAGGCAAGGGCAGGCGGGCUCCGCACUUCGCAACAGCCACCCAUGCCCCGGGGCUUCCUCCGUGCUGCCCUCGGGCACCUCCUUCCCUGUUUGGGCUGUGGGACGGGGCUGCUACUGCUCGCCCACUGCUUCAUGACUCUGCCUGGCUCCCACUUUUCUUCAGAUGGCCCCCCUCUCUGCCCUCCCUGCUGUCCCAGGCACCUCCUUCCAUGCACGGGGCUUGGGAUGGGGCCACCACUGCUUGCCCGCUGUCUCGUGCCUCUGUCUGGCUCCCGCUUUUCCUUAGCCAACCCCUCUGCCCUCUCCAUCACACUGGGCUCCCAGCGCCCUCCCAGGAGGAGCUCAGUAGAAACAGCCCUGGCCCCUGACUUUUCUUCCCAGCUAUGGAAGUUGGGAUCAUCCUGACAUGGUCAUUAAACAAAUGCUAAAGUUUAGCAAAGAAAUUUCUCUGAAGACACAAAUGUUCUCUCUCUCUCAGUUUUCAAGCUAUUCACAUUUAAGGAGCAUUAAGGACAGACAGAUGGCCUAAGCCCUUAUAUAGAACUGCAUCUAUCCAACACCUUUUGCUAGUAUACAAAUGUAAUUUAAAAAAAAAUCACAUCCCUAACUGGUGUUGUUAUAUUGGCUUAUGUUUUUGGUUGAGAUAUGGCUUGAGCCUCUACAUGUCUGCAAGACUUACCUUGAGAAUAUUGCUACAUUGCAGGAUUUUUUUUUUUUUUUUGUCCCAUGAGUAAAUUUCUCCAAAAAAAAGAAAAAUGAAAUGUGUAUCAGCAGAGCAAAAUGCAGUGUUUCCAGGAUUCAUUGGCUGUGAAGACACUCCUGAUCACUCUGGGUUUAAAUGCAAAGAGCAAAAGGAUGGAGGAAGUAAAAGAAAACAAUCAUAAAAGUCUAAAGGAGCUUUAGUAGUCAGAUACGUAGGGUUCUUGCUGUUCAAGAGUUUGGGGUUCAGUUUUUAGGUCUAGUCUACAUGUAAAACUUGGUCAUUUAGCCAUUUCAGUUUGGGGUGUAACCAGUGUAGUUAAAAGCCAUACACCUUCCUACUAUAGACAAGGCUUGGGGGUUGGUCUAUACUUCAAAGUUUUAUCUGAGUCAGUUAAGAAUACAAGGAAAAAAUGCAUCCCUAACUUAUGCAGUUGUGCAGCAAAAGCUCUGUUAUCGAUAUACUUAUCCUGGCAAAACAUCCCAUUGGCAUAAUUUGGGGAACUGCUUUAAGCUGUACUGCCAAAAGAGCUCUCUUCCUAGCAUAGGCUGCACCUUCAUGAACUCUGACAAGCCCUUUUAAGUUGAAGAAAGCCUUUAGUUUUGCCUGACUUCCUCUCUUUCCCCAGGUCAGUAUGCCCAUGCAAUCAGGUUGAUGAGGAUGACCUAUUCCAUUAUUUUAUAGCUGGGUGACAUUGUUAGAGAGACCCAAGUUAAAUGAGGUUGACAGGCUGAUAUAGUUAGCUUGAAAAUUCAUGCUAAUAUGACAUAUGACUUGUUCAUUGUAAAUUUAGAUCUAAAAUGUUAGAGAUUUUAAAAUAUACUCUCAAACUAUACUCUCAAAUAGUAGCGUAUCUCAUUGGAAUUCUACAAAACUGUUAUAGGUGAAAACAAAUUGAAAAUGAAGGCCCCACUUCUGUAAAGAUUUAGUCGUGUGCAUAACUAAUUGUACUCAUUUACUUCAGUGGGGCUGGUUCUGUUUAAAACUAAAUAUGUGCUAUAUGUUUGAAGCGUAAACGGGUAACAUUGUAUUUUUAUUAAAUUGUCCUGUUACUAGCAUAACAUCUUUUUCGUUUCAAAACAGUUUCAGUGUUGAGUGUACUUAUUUAGACUUUUGGUGCAUUAGCAGAAAUAAUUGUGCAUUUGCUUUAUGUAUACAAGUCUACAGUAAGGCUUUAAACUUGUAUUAAAUUGUAUAAGCAUACAAUAUUUUAAAAGAACAGGUCCCAUUGACUUCAGACUGCAGAUGUUCAGUGAGCAUUUUAAUUUCUUGAUUUAUGGAAGUUCAUUAUAUUAAAGAUGGUGUUGCAAAUAUGCCAUUUGUUAUUUCAGCAAUUCUCAACCAGGGUGCAGCAAGAUCCUUCUAAGGGUGUGGUGGGGUGCUAGGUAAUAUUAGUACUGUUAGAUGUGCAGAUGCUUAUACAUGAUUCACAAGAUAAACCUAGUCAUCUCAGACAAGAAUCCAUAGUAUCCAAAACCUUCUGACCAGUUGCAGUCUUUCUGGUUUCUUUGCAAGAGGAGAAUUGCUGUAUUAUUUUUCUGUAGUAAAAAAUGAGUGAAAACUAAGAGCUGGCAUUUUCAAGGGGUUCCUUGAGUCUAAUGAGAGGUGCCAUGGCUCUGAAAAGGUUGAGAACCAUUGGGUUAUUUGCUUAUCAGCUGUGUUUGCAUUUAUGAUCACACAGUGACAAUGUUUACAGAGCCCUGGGUUUGCCUUUGUUCAGAUAAAAUUUUGAGCUAAAUGAAAUGUGCACAGAAAAAAAUAUGUAUGUAAAAUCUGGAUUUCCAUUAGGAAUUAAGAAAUUAAUAAACUAACAAUCUAAAAAUAUAGAUCUGGCAACACUUAAUAAAAUAUUUUAAGUACAAAAAGGAUAGAAUAUAUGGUAUGUCUUUUUUUUUAAUCUCUGCUGUUCAAAAACAACCCAUCCAUGUGACUAAAGUGUAAAAUGGAUGGGCUUCCUUGGAUUUUAUAGCAGUUAAGCUGUAGGAUAAAUGUGCAUUGCACUAGGGAGGCUGGGUUACCAUGAUGUUUGGCAUCAGUAUUAGGUGUAAAGGGAGGGGAAAAGGCAAUCCGUUGGGCUUCAGCUGGGAGGAGAGGUCCCAUUGGGUUUAAAAAAAAAAAAAAAAAGUGAGACAAGGCUAUUGAGGAAAGAUCCCGUGUUACAAUUAGACAUGCAACAAUUUUCUUUGUUCCUGUAGUAAAACAUCAUUUUUAAAUUGUGAAUGCAUGUAUGUAGAGCUUUUGGUUUAAAUUGCUGUUUAUUGCAAAAGCACAUUGCAUUUGAGUUCAGUAAUAGCUAGUAAAUAUUUGUUUAACCUGGAAAAUUCUACAUUUUAAAGUUGAACACUCUCUUCACUUCCAGAAAGGCAGUAUGUUUGAUGUUGGUGGCUGUAGGAUUAUAGAAAUAAAUGCCAAAACCCAGAAGCCCUUACUGUGAAACAUAACUAGCUGCUUUCUGAAUGUGUCCUUGGAGAGUUCUUUUCUAACAUUUGUUUACUAACUAGCUACACAUUAAAACAGACUGAUUUAAAAGCAAAACUCUCUCUCCCCCUCCCCCUCCCAGCUCAUUCCAUUUAGUUGAGAAAGGGAGGGAAGGGUACUUCAGUUUAAAUCUUCCACUGUGGUGUCUUGAAGGUUAAUCAAGGUUACUUCUAUUAAGUUAAGGCUAGCUAGGACUCCAAACCUUUUGGCACAACUUCACUUCUGCCUCUAUUAAGGCUGUGGAUAGAUGUAACACUAAACUUUUAAAAGUGCAGGGAUUUACUGCUUGGGAGAACACACAGUAGUUGAACUGAAGUACAAGGGUGUUCAGAAACUUAAAGGCACAAUGGCUGCCUGCACUGCAUGUCUGCAACAAAUGGGAAAUUACACAGCAGCUGGGAGCCCUGGUGGCAGCAUGGUCCAACGCACCCAUCAUUUUGCACUGGACACGUGACGCUACUGUGUGUUUGGAGGCAUCUGUGCAUGAGGAGAGGUUUGUUCUAUGGCCUCAGAGCUGGGUGCCACGGAGGAUGGCAGCUGCACAGAGCUGGCAAAGCCCCUCUAUCUGCAAUAUCUGGAAAAAGCUCUACGACUGGAUCAGUUUCUCCGACAGACAUCUGCCAUCUUCAACAGAAGCAUAUCCAGUGAUGAAAGUGAGGAUGGACUGGAUGACAGUCCUUUACUGCCUCAGUCUGGGGGUCCCCUGAUGCAAGUUAAGGAGGAACCCCCAAACUCGUUGCUUGGGGAAUCUUCUGAAGCAGGGAAUUCGGGGAUGUUAAAUGCACAUUCCCUCAAUGGGAUAUUGCAGCCAGAGCCAAAGUCAGAAAAGGGGAGUCUGUAUAACUUUUCCAAACUGAAGAAAAGCAGAAAGUGGCUGAAGAGCAUUCUCCUGAGUGAUGACUCCAGCGACACGGAUUCACCCAGCGAUGAGGAUGGAGAGGAAGAGGAAUUUUCUCUUUCCAGGGAGGAGCUUCACAAUAUGCUUCGAUUGCACAAAUAUAAGAAACUGCAUCAAAGUAAAUACAGCAAGGACAAAGAGUUGCAGCAAUACCAAUACUACAGCGCAGGGCUGCUGUCCACACAUGAUCCAUACUACGAGCAACAGCGUCAUCUCCUUGGGCCCAAGAAAAAGAAAUUUAAAGAAGAGAAAAAAUUAAAAGCCAAAUUGAAAAAGGUUAAGAAAAAGAGGAGACGGGAAGAAGAACUCUCCUCAGAGGAAUCACCACGACGCCACCAUCACCAGACCAAAGUUUUUGCCAAGUUUUCGCAUGAUGCACCUCCACCAGGGUCCAAGAAAAAACACUUGACUAUUGAACAGCUCAGUGCUCGCCGGCGGAAAGUCUGGCUUAGCAUUGUUAAAAAGGAACUGCCAAAGGCAUACAAACAGAAAGCUUCAGCACGCAACCUCUUCUUGACUAACAGCAGGAAGUUGGCCCAUCAGUGCAUGAGAGAGGUGCGUCGAGCUGCCAUACAAGCCCAGAAGAACUGUAAGGAAACUCUACCGCGGGCACGUCGCCUCACCAAGGAAAUGCUGCUUUACUGGAAGAAGUAUGAGAAAGUAGAAAAAGAACACCGCAAACGGGCUGAGAAAGAAGCUCUGGAGCAGCGCAAGCUGGAUGAAGAGAUGAGAGAGGCUAAGAGGCAGCAGCGAAAACUUAACUUCCUGAUCACACAGACUGAACUAUAUGCACAUUUCAUGAGUCGCAAACGAGAUAUUGGACACGAUGGCAUACAGGAGGAAAUUCUGCGCAAGUUGGAAGAUAGCUCAACCCAAAGGCAGAUUGAUAUUGGCGGUGGAGUAGUGGUCAACAUCACCCAAGAAGAUUAUGAUAGUAACUACUACAAGGCCCAGGCUCUGAAAAAUGCAGAAGAUGCUUACCAGAUUCAUCAGGCCCGGACCAGAUCAUUUGAUGAAGAUGCAAAGGAGAGUAGAGCAGCUGCCUUACGAGCUGCCAACAAAUCUGGCACUGGCUUUGGAGAGAGCUAUAGCCUAGCAAACCCAUCUAUUCGGGCUGGAGAGGACAUUCCACAGCCUACUAUUUUCAACGGUAAACUGAAAGGAUACCAGUUGAAAGGCAUGAAUUGGCUGGCCAACCUGUACGAGCAGGGUAUCAAUGGAAUCCUGGCAGAUGAAAUGGGUUUGGGUAAAACAGUGCAGAGUAUUGCUCUGCUUGCACAUCUGGCUGAGAGAGAAAACAUCUGGGGACCCUUUUUAAUAAUUUCACCUGCCUCUACACUCAACAACUGGCAUCAGGAAUUUGCCAGAUUUGUUCCUAAAUUUAAGGUGCUACCAUACUGGGGAAACCCCCAUGACAGAAAAGUGAUCAGGAAAUUCUGGAGUCAGAAGACAUUGUAUACUCAGGAUGCCCCCUUUCAUGUGGUGAUCACCAGUUACCAGCUGGUAGUCCAGGAUGUGAAGUAUUUCCAGCGAGUGAAGUGGCAAUAUAUGGUACUUGAUGAAGCACAGGCACUCAAAAGUAGCUCCAGUGUUCGCUGGAAAAUCCUGUUGCAGUUCCAGUGUCGAAAUCGACUCUUACUGACUGGAACCCCGAUCCAGAACACUAUGGCUGAGCUGUGGGCUCUGCUGCACUUUAUCAUGCCAACACUGUUUGAUUCCCAUGAGGAGUUCAACGAGUGGUUUUCUAAGGAUAUAGAGAGCCAUGCAGAGAACAAAUCUGCCAUCGAUGAGAAUCAGCUAUCCCGUUUGCACAUGAUCCUGAAGCCUUUCAUGUUGAGAAGAAUCAAAAAGGAUGUGGAAAAUGAGCUGUCAGACAAGAUUGAGAUUCUUAUGUACUGCCAGCAGACUAGCCGACAGAAGCUGCUAUACCAGGCUCUAAAGAACAAAAUCUCUAUUGAUGACCUGCUGCAGUCCUCCAUGGGCACUACCCAGCAAGCACAGAACACCACUAGUAGUCUCAUGAAUCUAGUCAUGCAGUUCAGAAAGGUGUGUAAUCACCCAGAGCUGUUUGAGCGACAAGAAACUUGGUCUCCGUUUUACAUCUCCUUAAAGCCAUACCAGAUUUCAAAGUUCAUCUACCGUCAUGGACAGAUCAGGGUCUUUAACCACUCACGGGACAGGUGGUUACGGGUUUUGCUUUCGCCAUUUGCACCGGAUCACAUCCAGCAGUCUCUUUUUCAUAGAAGAAGUGCCAAUGAAGAAAGCUGUUUUUCUUUCCUCCGGUUUAUUGAUAUGUGUCCGGCAGAAAUGGCAAAACUCAUGCAUCAGGGACAUUUAGCCAGAUGGUUAGCUCUUUUCCUGUCUCUGAAAGCCGCCUACAGGCUCCAUCACCUGCGCUCCUGGACAGAGCCAGGAGAGAACCAGCAGGCAUCUCACUGUUUGAGGAACAAAGAUUUUUUGCUUGGAGUCAAUUUUCCACUCUCUUUCCCCAACCUGCACAGCUGCACUUUGCUGCAGCUCCGGAUUUUGCUUUUACUGGGCAGACUGAAUCCAAAUCUGUUAACUUGUAGCAUACAGCAUCAAAACCUUGUGUUCAGUAGCCACUGUAAAGCAGUUACUGGCUUUUCAGACCACGUAAUACAUCGAAGGAGAUCAGCUACCUCAUGUGUACGGUGCUGUCAGGUCACUGAGCUGCCGUCCUUUCUGUGCAUGGCCAGUCCACGGGUGACAGCUGUGCCACUGGAUUUCUACUGCAAUGAUCAAAGUGCAGAAUAUGAGCGUAAAGCACUAAAGGAAGGAGGAAGUCUUGAAGCAAAGCAGUGUGUAUUAAAUGGUUCUCCUGAACUUGCAGCUGAUUGGCAGAAGCAAAGCUCCCAGUUCUUCCCAGAAUAUCCAGGAGGGUUGUUAGGGAUUAGGCCUCAGAAUGGCUGGUCUUUCAUCCGGAUACCAGACAAAGAGAGCCUUAUCACGGACAGUGGGAAGCUUUAUGCUCUUGAUCUUCUGUUGACACGGCUGAAAUCUCAAGGACACAGAGUUCUAAUCUACUCUCAGAUGACACGGAUGAUUGACUUACUGGAGGAGUACAUGGUUUAUAGGAAACAUACCUAUAUGCGGCUGGAUGGUUCUUCAAAGAUCUCUGAGAGGAGAGACAUGGUAGCUGACUUUCAGAACAGGAAUGAUAUUUUUGUGUUCCUGUUGAGCACAAGAGCUGGAGGCUUGGGCAUUAACCUCACAGCUGCAGAUACGGUAAUUUUCUAUGACAGUGACUGGAACCCAACAGUAGACCAGCAGGCCAUGGACCGGGCACACAGGCUGGGGCAGACAAAGCAAGUCACUGUGUACCGAUUGAUAUGUAAAGGCACCAUUGAGGAGCGCAUCUUGCAGAGAGCCAAGGAGAAGAGUGAGAUUCAGCGAAUGGUGAUUUCAGGUGGCAAUUUCAAACCAGACACCUUGAAACCCAAAGAGGUGGUCAGCCUUCUCCUGGAUGAUGAAGAACUCGAGAAGAAACUACGCCAGCGUCAGGAAGAGAAACGGCAGCAGGAGGAGACAAAUCGUGUGAAAGAGCGUAAGCGAAAGAGGGAAAAGUACGCUGAAAAGAAAAAGAAAGAAGAUGAGUUGGAUGGAAAGAGAAAGAAAGAAAGCAUGAACCUGGUGAUCCCAUUUGUUCCCUCAGCUGAUAACUCCAACCUGUCUGCUGAUGGUGAUGACUCCUUCAUUAGUGUAGACUCCGCCAUGCCUAGCCCCUUCAGUGAGAUCUCCAUCAGCAGUGAGUUGCAUAUGGGAUCUAUCCCUCCUGAUGAAAGUAGCAAUGAUAUGCUGGUAAUUGUGGAUGACCCAGCAUCUUCAGCACCUCAGUCAAGGGCCACAAAUUCUCCUGCUUCCAUCAUGGGCUCAGUCUCAGACACCAUGAAUGGAAUUUCAAUGCAAGAUAUGUCUAUCACAGGAAGAGGCCAUUCAGGUAGAAGCCGGGGUCGCCCUAAAGGUUCAGGCAGUGGGUCAAAAGCCACAGGGAAAGGCCGAAGCCGGAAGUCAACAGCAGGAAGUGCAGCUGCAAUGGCAGGCGCAAAAGCUGGGGCAGCAGCAGCCUCUGCAGCAGCAUAUGCAGCAUACGGGUACAACGUGUCUAAAGGUAUGUCUGCAAGUAGCCCUCUCCAGACAUCAAUUAUUCGGCCUGCUGGACUUGCAGACUUCGGACCUUCAAGUGCUUCUUCUCCCUUGAGCUCCCCUUUGAGCAAAGGAAAUAGUGUUUGUGGGACCCCAAAAAGCUUAAAUCUGACCAGCAGCCUGAUAUCAGAAACCCCAAUUCGGAAGCAAAGUAAAGGAGCCCAUACAUCAGGUGGGCGGUAGUAAUUUUGAAGCCUUGAACUUUCUCUAACCAUAUUGGCUUUCAAAGUAGCCCACCCUGCCAGCAGGAGGCAUAUGCAGGGGAGAGCCUUUUACCAUCCCACAUGUGUAUGAAAAGAAAAUCAUAGCAUAAUAGGGAUGGGUGGUUUACGUGAGCACUUUGAUUACAUGUAUCCCAAAAAAUUACCUUCGCAGACGCUACAAGGAGCAGGGAUGGGGACUGGGGUUAAAUGAGAGAUUUUUUUUACAUAAAUUUUUCACCCAUUUUACUGAUGCAUUCUACAAAGCUUACUGGAAAAAGAUCUACCUACAAAGUGUGAUGUCCUGCAGCCAUUUGUGUUUGUGGUCACACCAAUGUACUGUUCUUCCUCCUCUUUCAGCUUCAGGUGGAGUUCAGUUCUAUUCUUAUUCUAAGAAAUCAGUAGCUGAACUCUGAGGGUACCCUUCAGAGUUGGAGGAACCCUCUGCACUGAGGACUUGGCAGUGCAUUUGGGGUGGGCGCAUCUGUGGAUAUUGUGGCCAUGUAGUUUGGUACCUCUAGUAUGGAUCUGUGGAUUCCCAGAAGAAUUCUCUAAAGACCUUGAGUUCAAGGGAAGGGAAAAGAAAUCUCCCAAAAGUUUCCAAGGACUGGACUCUUGUCAGCACCAUGUUUUUGAUCCUGUUCUAGACAUAAGGAGGUAAUUGCAACUGCAGUUGGACAGAGUAGGCCUAGUGACAGUAAUGUUGCUGUCUCUGCUUCAUGGAGUGGGAGAGGCUACAGGUCACUGGUUUACAUUUCAGAGCCCAAGUCUGUUAGCAUGAAUCUUCAUUUUGUUGGGUUUAAGAAUGAUUUCUCCCAUUUUGAGCUACGCUGAACUUUUAAGGCUUAGUAAAAGUCAGACUCUACUUGUAUAUAUUUCAAGAAGAGGAAAUGCUGAUAUGCAAGGGGAAGAAGUUCACUGGUAUUCCUCUCACUGUGCCAUAGCAGAGCUUGCUUAUGUCAUUUGCCUUUGGGUACUGCAGCUUGCCAUGCCACAAGGGGAACAAUAGAGAAUUUGACUGAAACAAGGACUGUGCCAUUUCCCCUUUCCAAUCAACUCUUGGGAAAACUGAAAUCUCCCAUUCCAGCCAUCCAUCUGAUCUGUUCUUCCAGCACAUUUCCCUUUCGUCAGUGAUCGUCACGCAUACUAGCUUGGUUGAGGUUUUUUUGGUUUUGUUUUAUUUUAUUUUUACAGUGUGCAGGCACUAGCAGACACACUCAUGAAAUGAACAGAAGCCAGUGCUUUCAGUGCCACUCUCUGUCCUCAUUCUCUCAGAUUGUUCUUUCCCCAUUCUAAAUACCCCUUGCUUGGCUAUAAAUGUCUGCAUUGCACUGAGAUACAGGUGGGGAGCAGUUCUCUCAUCUCAAUGGCUAUACUGCAAGGGCACUUUCAUCCCUUGAGAGAGAGAGAGAGAAGCAAGUUGAGUUACAGGUCCAUGCUGUGACAGCAGAGGAUGUUUUUUUCCCAAUCCCAAGCCCCUUGCCUGGCGUCCCACCGUCUGGAGCAAGUGCUUCCUGUCGGCUCUGCCUCUAAUUUGCACACCUAAUAGCGGAAAUGAAUUUAGUUAGACUGAUUUUUAAACAGAUUUGGAGGGGAUAAUUGAGGGGGAGGUGUUGUUUAAUUUAAAUCAUGAAGACUUCCCCCUUCCCCUCAUAUUCACAUGUAUAUAUGAUAUUUAGAGGGAAUAAGAAAAAUGCCAAGACUUUUUUUCUCUUUGAAUGUGCUGUCUAUUUUUAUAACUGAACCUGUACAUAUGUAUAAAAAGAGACACAACUUUCUUUUACUAACUGGAGAAAAAAAUCUUAAAUAAAAUGGAGUGAGAUAAUUUUAUGUAAA